UAUGAUGAUCCAGAUGUGUGUCCAUCUAACACGGACACGCCGCCUUACGUUUUCAGCGACGCAUAUUAACUUUGCACGGUGUUGUUUAUCGGGCGCGUUACCUCCGCGAUAAUUGUCAACUUUUAAUCUCAGUCGCAAAGAUGUCUUGGCGAAGAUGCGCCCUGGUCGCCGCGUGUUUUAUGUGUUUGAUGAACUUUAACAACGUAUGUACGGAAGGUAAGAAAGGCGUUGGUCCCGGCGAGCAGGACUGGGGAUAUAUUAAAGUGCGACCAGGUGCGAACAUGUUUUGGUGGCUGUAUUACACCACCGCUAAUGUUACACAUUAUCGUGAGAGACCGUUAAUUAUUUGGUUGCAAGGAGGUCCUGGAAUGGCGUCAAGUGGUUAUGGCAAUUUUCUCGAAAUAGGUCCAUUAAAUAUGGACAUGGAACCCCGGGAACACACCUGGGUCAAAGACUACAAUAUUCUCUUUCUUGAUAACCCAAUCGGUGUGGGUUUCAGUUAUAUUUCCCAAAAUAAAACAAAGCUUGUUCAAAACCAAGAUAUUGGCAACGAUCUAGUCAAAUUUCUCUGCAAAUAUCUUCGAAAAUUUACCGAAUUUUCUACGGUGCCUUCGUAUAUAUUUGGAGAAUCUUAUGGCGGCAAGAUGGCGAUCGAGUUUGCGCUUCAAAUUCACAACGAAAUUCAAGAUGGCAAACUAAAAAUGAAUCUGAAAGGAGUUGGACUUGGUGAUGCCUAUAUUUCACCAAUGGAUUACAUCAACAAUUAUGGUCCAUUUGCAUUAAAUUUAGGUUUAACUGAUCGUCAUGGCUAUAAAGCCAUCGUUGACCUUGCCGAAAAAAUCAAAUGUGCAAUUGCCAGACAUGAUUACGAAGAAGCUUCCGAAUUGGAAGCAAGAAUCACCGAUACUGUAUUUGAAGCGACACAAGGAAUCGAUAUUUAUAACAUUAUGUUGACGUCUAACUCGACAUCAAUGCCUAGAUUUUUGAGUUAUCAAGAGCCGUGCAAUACAUUUAUGAAUGGUCCAAUCAAACAAAUGUUGAAUUUAUCCAGUGAUAUUGAAUGGAGUUUCAUUAACGAUGAUAUUUAUAAUUCUUUGCUUGGAGAUUUGAUUCGACCAGUUACAAAUACAAUUGAAGAGAUUUUAAACAAAACAGACAUCAAAGUGAUUGUUUACAAUGGGGUAUUUGACUUUAUCGUAAAUACGCCAGGAACAGCAAAUUGGUUAGACCGUUUAAACUGGUCCGGACAAGCCGAAUGGGAGAAUAGUACCCAAGAAGCAUUGGAAAUCAACAUGGUUAAUGAAGGAUACAUCAAAAAAGUUGGAAAUUUGGUGUUUUACACAGUUCUUCGAGCUGGUCACAGUAUACCUAUUGACAAUCCAGUUGCAAUGGAUGAAAUCCUGCGUCGUGAGUUGCUCGAAGAUAACGUCGAUUAUCCAUCGCCUACUUGACACGCUCUCUAGUAUUGUUUAUUACAUACACACACGUUUAUGUCUUAUUUAUAACAUCUAACAGAAUAUUAAUAAGUCCCAGAUUAGGAUACAAAUAGCGUAUUGAUGAAAGGGCUUAUCCUGAUUGCUGCAUUAACUUUGUUUGUUGUGUAGCAAAUUGAAAGCAAUUGAAAUUCAAGGACUUUGUCAAUUAUAGUUUCUGCGCAGAAUUAACAAGUACACCGUCUCGAUGAUGGACAACAAUGAUGCGCCGACAAACAGUCCCGCCGUCCCACCGAUAGACACUGUAAAUACACCAAGCAAUCAAGACUAGGUUGUUUAGUCGACUGCACUUGUUAUCAUGUUGUUUUGUUGUUACUCACCUACCAAAUCCAAUGUGGUGCGCACAACGUUUCUUUUGAAACGCAAAGUUGGGAGUGCUUGUAGUCGAAUCGAUAUUUCACCAUUUGAUGAUUUUACCCUUUAAAAGAACAGGUUUCUAAGUGAUUGAAUAAAUAUACUCUGAUAU